UUAACUACAAGUCCCAGCGCACAAGCAUAUGAUGGAAGAAGGAAAACAAGGAGUCAUGAUGAAACGCACUGCACACGAGGAGGGAGAGAAAGAAGCUAAGAAGCAAAAGUUACUCGAGCAGCUUGGGGCAAGAUGCAUUCCAUAUCUUACACCAAAUGAUGAGAAUUUCUCCCAGUUGUGGAAAUACAAAUAUCAUAAAUUUAUCAUUCAGAAAGCAGAACAUACACCAGUGGAUCUUCACAGCAUUGUACAGAAGGCCUUUUUAGCAUUACUUCAACAUGGCUGCCUUUUUCAAGAUCUUGUUCGACUGAAAGGUAAAGACUUGCUCACCCCAGUGUCCCGCAUUCUGAUUGGUUGCCCAGGUUACACUUACAAAUACUUAAACACCAGAUUAUUUGCUGUGCCGUGGGCUGAUGAUCAACUCAAUAUCAAGUACAGCACGGAUACAUUAUCAGAGGCAUGUCGAGCCUUUUAUGAGUUGAACAAGUAUCUAUAUUCACAAACCGUAUGUGAACUGCACAAAUUAAAUGGGAGCAGACAGGAUCAUGGCUUUCCAGAUAGCAAUGCAGAAACUGAAUUUUCAUUGCCUAGUUGCAGUGCUAAGGAAUCUGAAGAAUACCAAACUGAAUCAUAUAACGUGACAUUGAUCAACUACUUGGAUCCACGUGACAUGCCCUAUCUAAGGGAGGAACCAUACUUUGGAAUGGGAAAAAUGGCAGUCAGCUGGCAUCACGAUGAGAAUUUGGUACAGCAAUCCACAGUAGCGGUGUACAACUAUAGUUUUCAAGACAACACCGCUACAAAAUAUGUAGAAGAUAAAGAUGCCUCUAAGUGGUGCAUUGGCUUGAAGAUAGCUUGGGAUAUAGAGACUCCUGGAUUUGUUUUUCCUUUAAACUCCGGAGAUUCCUACUACAUGCUGGAUGAUCUCAACAAAACUCACCAACACUGUGUACUUUCUGGUUCCGAUCCUAGAUUCAGCUCUACGCACAGGGUAGCUGAGUGCUCCAGAGGAACUCUGCAGUACAUCCAGUCACGUUGUCACAUGGCUCUGGAAAAUCUUUUUAUAAAUCCCAAAAAUGAGAAAGCAGAAUUGAAGUCCCUUGAGACUAUGGUCUUGAUGCAGGCAGAAGAAAUUCACAACGAGGUGGAGUUUGAAUGGCUUCGGCAGUACUGGUUCCAAGGCAAACGUUACCUCAAAUGCAGCGAUUUCUGGUCUAUACCACUAGCUGAACUGGAAGAUUAUUGGAAGCAAAUGGAGAUCACGACCAGUCUCGUGCUUGAGGAGAUUGUAAAAGAAAAAUGGACAAAGAAGGAGAAGUGCAAAAUCCUAAAGUGCAUAAUGCCGUCACUCAAGGAGCGACGAGACUUACGACAGGAGUGGAGGGAGAGGUGCUGCUGCAAAUUAGCAAAGACUUUGCCUCGGGAUGAAGCACCAGUAUGUCGCCCACACUGGACAGACGAGGACACUUCCAUGCCUCUACCAUUUGACCUCAGUAGCAUAAUUUCAAAACUAGAAAGCCUGAUGGAAGACUAAGUAAGCGUCAUUUUUGGUGCAAGCAUAAGAGUCACAGCAACUCUUUUGAAGUCAUGCAAAUGCUUUUGGAUUUUAAUCUUGCUCCCUAUCCGAAUAGAAGGGAAAUCUUCAGUGAGAAAGUCACUUUGCAAACUCAGAAUAAACAAUCUGCCAACAUAAGUGGUCUCCUGAAAAAAAAUUUGUGCUAGAUGUACUAAACCGUGCUAAGCCGUAAGGUUCCCUUUGGUUCAUUCAAAUGAAGGUGCCUUCAGGCUUAUAACACUAUUCUGAGAACUUCCAAAAAAAGAAGUGCACAGUGCUAUAGUAAAACCAUUAAGCAUUUUCCCUUCUCUUCUCUUACCGGGGUCCCAAGGGCCUUUCUGUCAAUGAAGGGUUUAAGGUGAUAUGAAGGAAUGCGGUUUUAAACAGCAUAACAACUCCAGCCUGGUUUGUGGAGGAAGCAAACAAUAAAUUACACCUUUACAGA